CAGCACUAAAAGAAUUCUAUACAGAAUAACAAACAUAAUUAAUAGGUCUUGCAUAGGUGAACGGCGAUAUUAAUUAUAAUUGUUUUUUUACGUAAUACGGAAAAAAAAAGAUGUGAUCAGUUCGUUCUUAUUCUUUAGAUCUUAGAGAUAAGCUGUUAAUUCAGAAUUGUAUUAAAUAUAAGUGAUAGUUUUGUAAGUACACCUAAAAAUCGUAGUGAUUUAUAUUAUUUGUGUAAUAGGUUAUAUUUUAAGAAUGAUUUCAGAAUCUAUGAUAUACCUUGUCCUCGUGGCACUUUUAUGGGGUAUAACUAAUCCAUUGAUAAAGAAAGGUGCUAGCGGUUUAGAAAAUGUAAAAGCAAACUCCAGCUAUGGUCAAUUUUUUAAGGAAGUUUAUUUUCUUUUUACCAACGCAAAGUAUAUGACACCAUUCCUGUUCAAUCAAAUCGGUUCUUUACUGUAUUACUUCGCCUUGCAAGGUGCUGAUAUAUCAUUGGCAGUUCCUGUUUCGAAUUCUCUUACCUUUGUGAUUACUGCCGUAACUGGUUGGAUCUUAGGAGAGAAGAGAGCGGAGAAAAACACAUAUAUUGGAAUGAUAUUGAUAUUAACAGGAACAACUUUAUGUUGUUGGGAUAAAAUGUAUUUGGUAGAAUAAUUUUCUUCUAUAUAAGAAUGCAAGAUAUGUUUUAGAGAAUAUUACUUCGAUUGGUGUAGAAGCAAUAUCAGAUAGAUGACAAACUAGAUUCGAUUUUUUGUCUUUUUACGAGCAAAGCUUAUUAGUUAGUAAACAUUUAUGUAAUAAACAAAUUUAUAUGAGAGAAACAUGCUAGAAAAUAUAUAUAUAUAUAUAUAUGUAUAUACGUAUAAUGUAUUAUUAUUAUGCUGUUGUGAUUGAUAAAACACUUAUUCUUUUA